AUGGUGCCGCUUCAGGGAUCGUGGCAUCCCGAUCAUCAGCCGCCUCGCUGGGGCGACGUCGUGGCGGCGGCCGCGCUGGUGGCGCCCUCGCUCACCUCUCUGACGAUCCGAUGGGACGGUGCAGCAGUGGCAGGCGUGUGGCUGUUGGAGGCAGUACACCUGCAAGAGCUGGCGUUGUUCUGCGGCCAACUCACCCUCACCGAUGCUCUGGGUUCCCUGGCAGAGCUGAAGGAGUUGAGCGCGGAGAGCAGCGAUGGGCCGCUGACGGUGCAGUCUGCGGCCACCCUGCCGCCCAGCCUCACCAAGCUAUAUGCUGUGGAGUGCCGCCUGGCCGAGCUGCCAGAGGCCGUGUCCUGCCUGCCCCACCUCGAGUCCGCCUACCUCUCCCGCAAUCCCCUGCUGCCCAGCUCGCUGACCCGCCUAGCGGGCCUGCCCCGCCUGCAGCUCAUCUCGCUCAUCGGCUGCUCCUUUGAGCGCCCGCCGCCAGAGCUGUCCGCGGUGACCACGCUGCGCGUGCUGUAUCUGGACUACAACCCUUUCGGCAUCGAGUCCGAGGUCCCCAUCCAGGCGGGCUUCAGCUCGGCACUGGCCCCGCUGAUGCGCCUGCAGGCCCUGGGGCUUAGCCACCUGCUGCUGGAGUCCUGGCCCGAGGUGCUGUCCUCCCUGGCCAAGCUGCAAGUGCUCUACCUGGAGUGCAACCCAGGAAUCGCGCGGCUGCCGGCGGCGGCGGCGCCGGUGCUGGCCCGGCUGCGGGUGCUGUCUUGCGACUGCACUGUGCUGUUCAGCAACCCGGGCAUGCUGCGGCAGGCAGCGCUGCUGGAGCACCUUUAUGUCAGCGGCAGCGGGCUGAUGUGGCACGCCCUGCUGACGCCGGUGGAGGAAGUGCUGGAGGCUCUGGCGGCCAUGAAGGCGCUGCAGAAGCUCACGUUUGUUAGCGAGGAGGUUGCGAGCGUCGAGGUCAUGCAGCUGAUGCUGCAGAUGGGGCAGCGGUGCCCGGGGCUGCAGGUGGAGGCUCUGGACUCAGAACAGUUCUUCGGGGUCACGUUGGAGGCGCUUGAACCCGUGGAAUAG